CUACUGGUUGGGCACUGUAGCUCAUCAUUGAAACAGAAUAUAGGCAAGUGCUAUAUUUUUCUUAAUUCCUCAGAAUCCAAAAUUUCUCUUAAUGUAUUGCAUCAUCUGUCAUCAUGUACCUGAGAAAAUGUUUCUCUGUUAUAUUAUUACUUUAUGAAGGAUUUGUAGCAUGUGAAAUAGGAGAUGGAAGAAACGUUUGGAACAAAUUUUCAGGAUCCAGUCUUCUAAAUGAAACACAAUAUUUCCAGGCAAACCGAUUCCCUAAAUCUUUUCUCUGGGGUGUUGGUACAGCAGCUUUUCAGACAGAAGGAGCUUUGGACUGGGAUGGUAAAGGACCUUCUAUCUGGGACCAUUUCAUUCAUUCUCCAGACUUCAGAUAUAAUGAUGCAAGUUCAAAGAGCUAUACAUUGUGGGAUAAGGACUUGGAAGCACUUAAGUACCUGGGAGUAAAAUUCUAUCACUUCUCCAUUUCAUGGCCAAGACUUUUUUCUGAUGGAAUAGCAAAUGUUGUGAACAUGAAUGGUUUGACUUACUACAACCAGCUGAUUGACUCCUUGAGAGAGGAAAAGAUUGAACCAGUCGUUACAUUGUACCACUGGGACCUACCCUUAGCACUCCAGCUCAAAUAUGGGGGGUGGAAAAAUGAGUCCCUAAUUGACAUUUUUAAUGACUAUGCAGCCUUUUGUUUUCAGGCAUUUGGGAAUCGUGUCAAGUACUGGCUUACAAUUCACAAUCCCUAUCUGAUUGCAUGGCAUGGCUAUGAAACAGGUAUACAUGCCCCUGGGGAGACUGCAGACUCUUCGGCUGUCUUCAAAGCAGCGCACAAUCUAAUCAAGGCCCAUGCAAAAGUAUGGCACACAUACGACCGUCACUUUCGUCACACACAACAUGGUUUUGUGUCUCUCACUUUAGGCUCACACUGGGCUGAGCCAAAGAAAGGAAAUCUAAAUGAUUUCACCAUUGAAAGCUGCCACCAGUCGGUGCAAGCAGUACUGGGAUGGUUUGGAAAACCAGUCUUCGGGGAUGGUGACUACCCUACUGUGAUAAAACAGAAAAUUAAGCAUUGGAUGCCAUCCUUCACAGCAAGUGAGAAAAAAUACAUUAGGGGAACUGCCGACUUCUUUGCUUUUUCAUUUGGACCUAACAACUUUCGUCCAGCAAGUACUUUUGUAAAAUAUGGUCAACCAGAUUCUCUAAGCAUAAGGCAGGCCCUGAACUGGAUAAAACUGGAAUACAACAAUCCCAGGAUUCUUAUUGCAGAAAAUGGAUGGUUUACAAACAAUAAUAUUAAGACCGAAGAUACAAGCUCUAUCUUUUUGAUUAAAUGGUUUCUUAAUGAAGUUUUGCAAGCUAUCAUUCAUGAUGAUGUGAAGGUGUUUGCCUAUACUGCCUGGUCCUUGGUGGAUGGCUAUGAAUGGUCAUAUGCUUACAGUAUCAGAAGAGGACUAUUUUACGUAGACCUCGACAGCAAGGAAAAAGUCAGAGUUCCCAAAACAUCAGCAAUAUUUUACAAACACAUAAUCCAGCAGCAUGGCCUCCCCAGCAUGGAAGCAAGUUUCACAAGUCAGUUUUCCUGCGACUUUCAGUGGGGUGUCUCGGACUCUGUUAUACAGGUUCAGCUAACACCAUCAUCACCUCAGUUCACUGAUCCCAACUUGUACCUCUGGAAUGCCCCUAGAGAUGGAGGUCUGCGGAAGGUGAAUGGAGUCAAGUUGCACACCAGGGCAUCCCAGUGCACAGAUUUUAAUGCAGUCAGAAAUCACAUACAAAUGUUGAGCAGGCUUAGUGUGAACCACUAUAAGUUUGCUCUAAACUGGUCACUCAUUCUACCCAAUGGUGAUCUCUCAGUUAUCAACAAAGAAGCUAUAUAUUUUUACCAGUGUCUGAUUAAAGAGAUGAUAAAACGCGGAAUCAAGCCAUUGGUGACAUUGUACCAUCCAACUGAUCAUCACACUAAUAUGCCAGCUCCUCUCUAUCAAGAGGGAGGUUGGCUUAACCGGUCUACUGUUCAUGCCUUCAGGGACUAUGCUAAUUUGUGCUUUAAAGAGUUUGGAGAACACGUUGGGAUGUGGAUUACUGUGAAUGAGCCAAACAAAUUAAGCCAGACUUAUAAAAUCAAUAGCAAUGACACCUACAUAGCUGCUCAUAACCUGAUUUUGGCACAUAUGAUGGCCUGGCACUUAUAUGACAAACAUUACAGAGUUUAUCAGAAUGGGUUGGUCUCCUUUGCCUUGCACGCAGAUUGGGCUGAGCCUGCAAACCCAUACCUGACCUCUCAUGUGCUUGCUGCAGAGCGAAUCCUUUUGUUUGAACUGGCCUGGUUUAUGGAUCCAUUUUUCAAGACAGGAGAUUAUCCAGAGAGAAUGCUAGACUACCUCAGGUUAAAAAACAAGCAUGGCCUUUCACAGUCAGCUGUUCCUAGCUUCACUGGAGAUGAAAAUAAAGCGGUGAAGUUUUCAGCUGAUUUUGUAGCACUAAACCACUUCACAACCCACCUGGUUAUUCACCAGCGGCAGAACGGGAGCAGUUAUGAACAUGACCGUGACAGCAUCCUCAGGCCUGAUGUCACCUGGCCUAGGUCACCUAAGGGCCUGUCUGUGGUGCCAUGGGGUAUCAGGAAGCUCCUUAACUGGAUCAAGACUCGGUAUGGAAAUGUGCCCAUAUACAUCACAGCCAAUGGAGUGGAUGACAAGUCCUCUCACAACGAUGAACUGCGCAAAUUUUACAUCAAAAAUUAUAUCAAGGAGAUUUUGGUGGCUAAAGAACAUGAUCAAGUGAAUGUAAGAGGUUACUAUGGCUGGAAACUGCAGGACAGACAAAAUUCUCACUUUGGAUUUUUCAACUCACCCUUCUUUGAGUCCAGAGCAAAGUUGUCUUCCCUUUUUUACAGUGAACUGAUCACCAACCGAGGAGUUUUCUCUGAAGCAACAGCAACCAAAUCCUGCAAGGAGCAGGAGGGACAGGAGCUCACAGGCUGUGAAGCGUGCACUUUCAUCCUCAAGUGGAAGGCUUUUCUCUUCUUCGGCAUUUGCCUGCUUAUCACCACCACACUUCUCAUCACUGUGCUUUUCACAUAUGUCAGGAAAAGAAGGAAGCCACAUUAAAGGAUCUGCUAUCUUUUACUCUGGGCCAACCCCUUCUCUUAGCAAGAAAAGCACCUCCAGUUUACCUCGUGUGAAUAUAAAUUAUAAGAAGUAUUUGUACCUUCUGAGUGAAAAACAAAGAGGUUUGUUGCAUUUAACUUUAAAUGAAAGGCUACUUAGAGAGAGAGUAACAGGGAAAAGAAUACACCUCAAGAAGGAGGAGGCAGGAAGAAAUACUGUAAAAUGAUAAAAAGACAUCAAAGGUUUUCAUUACCUGCAAACUGAUUAUCAAGUGGGGUGGACAGUUCAAGUCUGUGAGGGCUGCAGGCAGGUUUUCAUUCCAACCAAUUCCAGAACAAACAGCUCUUUGUUUAAGCAAAGGGUUUGCUUAGCUGUCUGUCUGCAGUUGCACAAUUCCUAAUGAAUCGGCUUUUACUUCCUAGUAAAAUUCAGGAGCAUGAUUACUGCUGCUACAGCCUUUCCUACACGCCAAGCUGGUAUUGUUUGCUUCAGUUUAGUUCCUUAACAGCUGAUUAACUGUUGUCUUAAUUAGGUAACUGCUUUUAAGAAUGUCUUUUUAAAGCAAAACAGACAAAUGCUGAGAGGAUGACAUUUUCUAAUUCUCCACGUUCAUUUUAAGGAGAAAUUUGGGUAUCAAAGCAUUUCUAACACAGUAGAAAGUUUUGUGAAAUGGCUGGUUCUGUAAAAUAAAAGUUCUACAUGGGUAGGAACAAAACCCUGCAGCUAGUGCUUCUACCUAGAGCUAAACUGCCCCUGAUCUACACAGGAGUGAGCUCUAUAAUUGCUAUAAUAAAAAAUGUAUAUAUAGUAUAUAGUAAAUGCUACAGCAUGUAGUAUAUGCUGUCUGUGUACAGAAAAAGAAACACAUACACAUACAUGCCCACACUAUUAUUAUUUCAUUCUUGCUAUGUUUUUCUUUCCGUCCUUCUCUCUCUUAUACAGAGACAAUAUAUUUAUAUUGUGGCCUUUAGGUGGUGUCUGAUAUCCCCAAAUACCCAGAUACAGCUACACUAGACAGUCCCAUGUUCAGAUAAGCCUUUUAUUCUUCUUUUUCCUUCCUUUAAACAGGCCACAUACCAUAACAUAAUACGAUUUAACUCACUGCUUUUUCUUUUCUUGCUUUCCUUACUUCACCUCCAUGCUUUGUCUCACUCCGCUCCUGACUCUGACUCACCUGGCUGAGAAUGAUGAUCUUCUUUAAAAGCAGGACCCAGACUGGUACAUCACCAGUAUACAUUGGGAGCACUUCUGGUUUGUACAGAUGAGGGAGUGCAGCUUCCCCAUAUACAGCUUAAUAAAAGGAUACAUGUCUGUGUUCCCAUGUGUCCAUCCCGUCGUUAUGUCUCUGUCAUUCCAAUAGGUGGCUUGUCACAAACAUUUGUAGUAAUAAAGUAUGUAUAAUUUGUCAUUCUAACAUAUAAAAUGGCAUAUAACUGAG